AGAGAGAGAGAGAGAGAGAGAGAGAGAGACUAUAUAUACAUCCCAAAGAGGCUGGUGCUCACAGGUACAGCUGGACUCCUGGAUAACUGGAUAACUGGAUAACUGGACUCUAUCCCACUGGAUAUUUAACUAGACAGGCACCACCAAGGUCUCUGGCUGUGGAAAACACAUUAGCUUAGUUAGCUAAUAAAACAUAGUGCAAAGAUGAACAGUGUGGCAGAUUGGCUCGUCCAGAACAGGGACAAGAUUGAGAAAGGUGUGGAGAUCAUGGGGCAAGCCUCCGAGGUGCUCGCUUCCACAGUGGGCCAGCUUCAUCCCCUGCUGAAGGUUGUGUUCAUGGCUACGGCCGAGCUUCUCAGCAACCCGGAUGGCAAAGAGGCUCGCUACCUGACCCAACAAUUUAAAAUCGUCAACCAGCAACUCGAGGGAAUCCAUGAUGAGAUCGAUGAAAUUUCCCUGGAGCUGCAGAAGACGUCGAUGAACAAGCAGAACUUUGAUCGAGAGGCACAGAUGCUCAGCCAGUACGAAAAGUUCCAGGACUUCGUCCAUGCCGAGCAGGAGUUCCGGGAGAAGAAGAUGCAGAAGUUCCUCAGCCAUUACGAGAACACAGAGAGCGACUUGAACUUGGACUCGCUUUACAAUUCCGUCAUCGGGAAGAACACCUCAGGAGUCCCUCUGCUGGAAACUGCAGUCGCCACAAGGCAGAGAAGCAGACGAGCAGUUGAGGAUUUCUGUGCCCGACUGAAGAAGCUUUUUGUAGUGGGCAUUAUCGCCGUCAUGGGCCAUGCUGCCCUCAAGGAAGGGGCAGUGGGCGAGGACAUGGUGAAGAAGUGGCAGGGACGCAUGGAGGACGUGGAGAACCUAAUGAAAGCCGCAGUGGAUGACUGUACAGAGAACUUUGCAGAGCAAGCCAAGGUGGACAUGGAGCACCAGCUUCAGGAGAAUUCCGGCACUGUUGACGCCAACUUGACCAAAUCCCUCCUGGAUUCACUUGUUAAGAAAUACGACUGGGUGAACUGGUCCAUCAGGGCCUUCAGAGACCAGGAGCGUGUUUUCUUUUUCAACUGGCUGGCAGGAAAGAACUACCACAGCACUGAAGGCGCCAACUGGUUUGACGUUUUGACCAAGAACAAGAUCAAAGUGGUGGUCUCCUUCUGUGUCAACCCCAAGCCCAUCAGCAAGAAACAGAUCCAGGAGCAGCUGGAGGUGCAGAAGAUGAAGGGGAACAUGAAGACGGUGGCUCUGACUUUGCAGAAGAGCUUCCCCAACUGCCUGGUCCACGCUGUCAGCCAUUACAAGGAGGUGGUGGAGACCAACAACUUCCAUGAGGAUUGUUACUACUUUGGAAAAGACAAGAGUGCCUACCUGUGUAUCCACCCUGAGUAGGCCAAGAGAAAAAGAUACACAUAAGCUGUGGCUGCCUCCACGAAGAAUCAAGCUACAAAUACAUUCAUGAAUGUCCGGAAAUCAGAUAAAUCAAAAAAAGACAUUUAGUCGUAAAUAUUGUCUGUGUUGAUGCAUAAUCCGCUCUGUCUGCUCACUUUAAAAUGUAUUCUUUUACAAACAGUGUAAAUCUUCCCUCUGCUUGAUGAUACAGCAGCUUCAGGGUGUUAUAGAAAUUCCGGGGGGCCUUGCAUCUCGGUGCCAGACUUAAAGUUCGGGUUGGUUAUUCUGGAAAAUAUUCAACCGAUAAAUCCCACCCCCCUCCUCCCAUUGGCCUUCUUGUCAAAGCUACAAAAUACAUGAACGUGCACUGCCUGACGAAAUGAAAUGAUCGGUCCUGUCCUCUUUAAUUGAUGAAACCAACCUUACCUUUAAGUGUAAUGAACCAUAUAAAGAUUAGAUAUGACCGGGGGUGGGAAAUAUGAAGAUAUUAGUCUGCUAGCUGAUAUAUCUACGGUACCUGUUAUCCCUUAAGCCAUUUAAUACCUCCUGUGACCACUCCUGGAUACAAAUGUGUAUUUAAUUAAAGAACAUGUUUUUUAUUUGUCGCUGCUUUUGGUGCAACAUAGGGCUGCGGGGGAAAACUUCUAAAAACAUUUACCGAGACACGAAUGUAUAUUUCACUCUGAUUUUUAAUAAACAACCAAUAUGAA